ACCCAGUGUUGCAGCUGCUGUGUCAUUAUUGGAGGGAAUGAUGGAGGUACUUAGUUCAGCUGUUAAACUUGAGACCAGUUCACCACAGUUAGCUGAACUAUAUCAAUACCUCUGUCUGGCUGCUCCUUUUGGUACACCUAAUGAAACUAAUCCUUCUAACUUGAAAUUCCAGAUCCAGUUUAGGAAAGGGGUGGCUAUGCCAAAGGAAAAGAUUCCUUCAUGGAGGCCAGCUGUGUAUAAAGGAAGUUCAAAACUUAAUGUUAGAAUAAAAGAAGAAGUUAGGGCUGUCCAGGCAGAACUUGAGGGUCACCCUGACAUAGUUUUAAACUUGACCACGCCUCCUGACUCCUCCCAUCUUGAUCACUUAACUGUUCAUUCUUGUGUACAGUCAUCUGAUGCUGAGCCAGUACUAGCUGAUACUACUAAUAGACACACUGACACUCCUCAUUAUUCAAGGAGUGUUAGGUUCUCAGCUCCUCUGGAGACAUUCACAUUGUGUCAUUAUCAACAGUCACCAGCUUUGAUACCAAUAAGAGGAUUCUAUCAAAUGAAGGGUGAUAGAACUAUUGAGCUACUCGUUCAAUUGAAGCUACACGAAACAAUUAGGAACAACUUUGAGUACUGUGAAGUAGUGAUUCCUUUUUUUAACAGAGGAACUAUUGAGAAGAUUGAUAACAUAUCACCAACAUCAGUUAGUCUGUGCAUUGGUCCUGAUAAUAAGAGUCUAGUGUGGAAUAUUGGACAGAAGUUCCCAAUUGACUGCAUUAUGUGGAAUAUUCUUGAGGGGAUUCCCAUUAAGUUUGGAUUUCUAAAAAAUUAA